AACUACUCAUCGUUCACACUCUGUAAUCAAAGCACGGAAUGCCUCAACAGCGAACCAAGGAGGUCACUCGGACAUACAGUGUUGGAGAAGAAGACGUACAAGUGUUGGAUAGUUAUCCACAAAUUACUGUGAAGUUUUGUGGUUGAAAAUUUUCAACGCGUCAGAAUGGUUCGAGCGUCUCCUUGGAAGCGUGGUCCUUGCCACCAUGCUGUCCUCAGGAGAGGUCGAGGUCGCAAUUGCAGCAUGAAAGCACAGAGUGCGUCGACUGCAAAGGGUGGCAGGACCAAAAGAAAGGCCAGUGCUGAAAAGAAAACCCAGGGAAAACGGACAAGGGUCUUUGAGGUCGCUGAACCCUCUGAGGAGGACGACCGGAUUAAAGGAGGGAAGAGGAAAGCAAGAGAAGAUGGAGAGGGACGACCAAAAAAGAACAUCUGGGAGGCCUCGGGAGACGUCAAAAGUGAUGCUUUUGAGGCCAAAUACCAGCAGCUGACUCAGCUUGGUAGAGGAGGCUGUGGAUCGGUGUUUGCCGGCUACCGCAAAGAAGAUAAUUUACAAGUGGCAAUCAAACACAUAGCCCAAGAUUACCUCCUCUGCAAAUCAGUCUGCCUGAAUGGGAAGAAGCUCCCCGCAGAGGUGGCCAUUAUGCUGAAACUGGCUGCUGGAACGGAUGGCUCCUUGGGAACGUCGGCACCUGUGUCCUUACUGGACUGGUACGACCGGGGCCACGAGUUGAUACUGGUGCUGGAGCGCCCCGUCCCCGCCGUGGACCUCUUCACGUACAUACAGGACAACCGAGGCUCUUUACUGGAGGAGGAGGCCAAGACCCUUCUGAGACAGCUGGUUGACGGGGCAAAACUACUCGAGGAUAGGCAAAUCUUUCACCGGGACAUCAAAACCAAAAACAUCCUGAUAGAGAAAGGCUCAGGUGUUCCGCGCGUUCGCCUCAUUGAUUUUGGACUGAGCUGCAUUGCCAAAAAAGGCUCAUUUUACAGCGUAUUCUAUGGCACAGAUGAUUACACCCCUCCAGAGUGGUACAGCGGUUUCACCUACAGGGCCGGUCCAUCCACCGUGUGGCAGCUCGGGGCGGUCCUCUUUGAAAUGCUCCAUGGGAAUUCAAAAUUCGAGACCAAAAAGUUCCUCAAAAAAGAGCUGAGAAUCAACUGCGGACUGUCCAAAGACUGCAAGGAUUUCCUACAGGUGUGUUUGGAGAUGGCUCCCAAGCUGCGCCCCACCCUGACAGAGCUCGGGCUUCACCCGUGGCUCAGAUGAACGUCGCACGUCGUAACCACGAACCAUGAGCACUUACGCCCUUUUCGGUUUCUCCUCCAAUUAUGAUUCUCAAGUACAACUUUCAUUCUCGUAAUGUUACGGCUCUCUUCUCAAUCAGGAUUCUUGUAACGCUCCACUUUCUUCUAGUAAUAUUAUGUCUUUUGCCUUGAAAUACCAUGACUUUGUUCUUGUUUUAUUACGCCUUUAUUUUUUAAAUGUCAAAGUUUUUUUCCCCCCUCUUCUACAUGGCCAUACUACAAUUGUUU